AUAUUCCGUCCUGUUUACAUAUGUACAUCAUUGUACCUAUAUAUUGUUUUCUUUUCCUGAUUAGAUACCAUUGAAUAUAUUUCCCAUGCGAUGUAAAGCACCUGAAUAAUAUGUAAUUUACUAAAAGCUUCCGUACCGACGUGCAGUUUCAUUUACAUUUACACAAAUCCUCUCAGUUUGAAGUGUGAGUGACGUAUUGCGCUGCAGCUACAGCCCUGGCAGAUCUCCAAUGUCCUAAUUGCAACAUUGGAGUGAUGUACGUGUAGCCCAUGUAGGUACUAGGUACAUACUUACCGCAAGUGCGUAGCUCGCAUACCGUGUAUAUCGUUAAACUAUUUUGAGUAAACGUAGGCAUUGUAUAAUUUAUUAUUUAAACGACAUUAAUAAACUUACUCAUGUUGGCCUUUGAAAAUUAUUAAUCUUUGUAAGUUAUAACUUAUGCAAACCUUGACAGGUCUAGUAAGCAUAUUUAUACCACUACUUAGGUAUAAUUGUGUAAGUGUGUAUAACCGAAGGGUGCGAGGGCACGUGCCGCCCUCGGCCUUGACGACAAGCUCCUCUACAUGUACGUGUAUACGUAUACGUACACAGUACACCUGUAACUGAAUCCUUCGUCCUAUAGCCGCGCAGAAUAUUCCACACGCCCCGUCGUGCCCCUCGCGUACGGCGCAUGUGCAGCACUUUGACAGCCCGACCGUGCCAACACGUCCCAAUUAUUUUCCUCAGUUCGCUUUAUUGUCGCAUUAUAUUCCUCGGAGAUAUUCAACGAAUGUCUCAUCCAAGAUAAGUGGGAACAGUGAGCGUGGAGCGAGUCAGCGGAGCGCGCAGCGAUGCGGCCCGCGGGCUCCCAGUGAGCCAGGAUGGUGGCCAGCAUCGGCGUCAUCAACCCGUCUAAUGUGGAGGCGACAGCGUACAUAAGCGCGGUAGCGGCGUUCGCGGUGGUGGUGCUGGUGCUGCUGCUGUUCCUGGGCCGGCGCUGGUGCUACACGGCCGUCUUCACCCGCAAGUGCUGCGAUGACAUCCUCGCUGUGAACGCGCACGUCGCUGCCCCCUGUCUUCCCCUCGACAAUGCUCAGUUCGAUGCUUUGUCGAAACCGAACCAUUACCCCGAACGAAUAUUCACGUUCGAGGCGUCCGACUCGGAUGAAGAGCUGCGUUUGCGCAUCCAACAGGAUAAGGAGGAGGUGGAAUGUCACUACGAGGAGAAGAACGAGAAUGCAGCAGCCCCGAAGCUGGAUGUGGAACUCGUAGAGAACAAGUUACGGGACACAAGUCUUCGGGAGACAGCGCUGAGAGAGACCAGGAUCGAUGAGGUGGUGCCGAAGAGAGCGGAGUACAUCCAUACGCUGGAGGCACAGAGUAGUGUCGACAGCGAUGUUAUAGCGCACAAUGAUACGUCCCUCCUCUGCGCCGAGAGCGUUUCUCAGGUGCGAGGAUUCUUGGAGCUGACGCUGCUGUAUGAUGCACCGGUCCGCAGCAUGACUGUCCACAUCCUGCAGGCGCGGACCCUGCCGCAGAGGAGUCAGGGGCAGAUACUGCAGAGUCAGGUUCGAGUGGUAUUAAUGCCUUUGAAAAAGCAAAAAUACAAGUCGAAGAUAAGGAAUGGCGAGAACCCGCAGUACAUGGAGAGCUUCGUGUUCCACAAGAUCAAUCCGGAGGACGUACACGGCCUCGGUUUGCGUAUACGCAUAUACGGGUGCGAGCGCAUGCGUCGUCAACGGUUGCUGGGUGAAGCGACUGUCAGCUUUGCCUCACUCAGCCUGGAGAUGGAGAACGGCAUGUGGAUACAGCUGACUCCACGCCAACAUCAUCCCAGCUUACAAGUUAGCAAGUUUCCCAAACUAGAACUGAACCACUCGAUGUCGGGAGUGCUGGCCAGUCCGUCUUCAAUAGCGACAGUGACGACGCCGGGCGCAGGUCCCGGCGGCGAGGCGUGCAGCCUGGCGCGGUCAGACUCCGCCUCCUCCUGCUGCAGCACCAGGUCUGCUCCAGAACUACUGCUGGGACUGCAGUACAAUUCCACCACCGGCCAUCUCUCUGUUGAGGUAAUAAAAGGCACUCACUUCCGUAAGCUGUCUCCGAAUAAGGCGCCGGAUACUUACGUGAAGCUGUGCCUCAUCAGCUCCCUGGGCAUGGAGAUGGGGCGCUGCAAGUCCACCACGCGCCGGGCGCAGUCCAACCCGUUGUACAAGGAGCUCUUCAUCUUUCAGGUAGCUCUAUUCCAACUGACGGAGGUGACGCUGAUGGUGUCGGUGUGGUGGCGACGCAGCGUGAAGCGUAACGAGAUGGUGGGCUGGUUCUCGCUGGGACACAGCCCGUCUGGCCGGGAGGAGGAGAGGCACUGGCAGGAACUGUGCGAGCGGCAGGGAGAACAGGUGCAGCGCUGGCACGUGUUGCUGGACUCCUGACGCGCGGUGACGUAGCGCGCGGCCUGCGCGCACGCCUGAGCCUCUGUUCCCCGCGGCCCCCGGGCCCCGGCCCCUGGGUCCCGGUCCCCCGGGCCCCGUCCUGGCCCUUGGCCCCGCACCCCUGUUGAUGUCCGGUGCGUGUCGCUUUCGUUGUUAGCACGCGGUUUGCUUUGCCGCCGAAGGGAGUACUCCGUGUCGUCUCCGUUCGGGGUGAUGUUUCACUCGGUUGCACCACCAGCACGUUCGACUGAGUUUGGUAAGUGGCGUACAGCAUACACGUGUAUAGCCGAUAUGUCGAAUCUCAAAUGUAAUUUCUCCAUUAUUGUAUUAAAAGCUUAUAUUACGCGUAUUAAGUGAGAACGGGAGUUGUAAUGUUUGAAUGCGGUACUUUUUUAAACCGGAUCCUCUUUGCUGACGCUUGUUUUCGACGAUGUGUUAGAUAUUAGUUUCUCAUUUUGGAAAGUUCGAACGUUAACGUUUUGUAGUAUUUAUAAUGAUGAAGAAGACUUGGAGCGCACAAUACUUGUGAGAUAGAAUAAUGAUACUAGAAAGGAUAUUUAUUGAAUAUUGAUAUAUUAUAUUGUACCUUGAUGUAUGACACUGAAAUUUAUUCUAGAACGUCUUGAUUAUAUACUCUUCAUAUAUAAGGAUGUAAGGAACAAUUUUGUAUGUAUUUGUAACUGGUACGGACCCAUUAUUCACUCAUACAUUAUAAUACAUGUUUGUAAGAUAGAUUAUAAUAAAUCUCAGGAUUUCAUAACAUUUUACAUACAUUUAGCUUUGGCAUAUUUGAAGAAAUAGUAGUUACAUACCGAUUUAUUAUAGUUUUUGUUAUAAAAUACUUUCAGUACGUAAUUACAACAGUAUUAUUCCUGUGUAUAACAGUUAAUGAUUAGGAUUUUUUUAAAUAAUACGAAGUUUACGAUUCUUUCAAAUAUAUUAUGAAUGUAAUUAACUUUAUUAUGAAUCUACUUUACAUAGAAAUUUAAAUUAUAUAUCUGUUAUAAUAAUAAUGUCCAAAAUAUGAAUUAAGAAUUUUAUAUACUAAAAAAUAUUCAUUGCAUAAUCAUUUCGAAAUGGAAACGUCAAUUUAUGACAAAACGCACGAAAUAUAUACACGAAAUCUAUACAAAUAUGUAAAACAUGUUUAUAAUUAGAUUAAUAAUUAUUGAAUUAUAAUUGAAAACCAUAUAGAUGUAAUAAUAUGCAUUUGAAAUUAUACAUAAGCAAUUAAAUACUCAAAUUGGAUGCCUACAUGCCAGUUAUCUCUAUAUAUAAAAAACAAUUGCUGUUCGUUAGUCUCGCUAAAACUCGAGAAUGGCUGGACCGAAUUGGCAAAUGGUCUUGAAUUUAUUUGUGGAAGUCUAAGGAAGUUUUAAAAGGUGAGAAAAAAAUGUUUGAGGCGGUACGAAGUUUGCCGGGUUAGAUAGUUAUAUAUAAAUUAUAUAAUGAAUUAAAAUAUUACAGUCAAAGCGAAAGAGAUUACAUGUUAGCUUGAAUGCGGAUCAAGUAGAUGUUAAAACUUAUUAUUAUAUUAAAAAAAUACUUUAUAUAAACACCAACAUUGAAUGUUUGAAGGACGACGCGUCUUAAUGUGAUUAUGAAUUAUGUAUCAAAAUAAAAUAUACUGUAUUUAACUUAUAAAUAAGAUUUAAAAUGGAAUAAAGGACUUAGUACCCACGAUUUUAGGCGUAGUGUGCCUAUGCAACAAAUAUCUAUACAUAUUAUAUUAUUAUAUAUCUGAGAUGUAUGUAUUAUCUUUAUAUACAUACAUAUAAAAUCUAUUGCUGUUCGUUAGUCUCGCUAAAACUCGAGAACGGUUGGACCGAUUUAGCAAAUGUUGGUCAUGAAUUAUUUGUGGAAGUCCAGGGAAGGUUUAAAAUGUUAGAGAAAAUGUUUGAGGCGGUACGAAGUUUGUCGGGCCAGCUAGUAAUUAUAUAUACAUAUACUAUAUUUAUAUACAGCUACAUUGCAUGAUGUUACCGCUAUUAUAUUAGCGUUUGAAAUAAACAAUAGAGUUGUAGGUUUGAAAAAAUUACGUUAUAGAUAAAUAAUUCAAAAAAAUGUGUUCUGCAUUCACCAAAGAGUUUCCAAUAGGCUAAUGCGUUUUAUUCUUGUGCGUGGGCUAAGUAUGUAAUGUAUUAAAAUACACGCACGCAUAUAUAUCUGUGUUAAAAGUUAAUACGAGUAUAUUAGCUUUAUUAAUAUCCUUUGCAUUAUUCUUGCUACGUUAUUUUAGUUAACAAACGUGGUUUACUAGUCGUUGUUUCUUAUAAAUGGAUUAAAUGGCUAUG